CAUUCACAGUCUACUGUUGCCAUGGUGAAGACGCUGCACGUGUAAUAACCAAUACACAAUCAAAAUGGCCGAGGUUCUUCUCCGAACUCCGGGCGUUGCAGGCAAGAAUGAACCUCUAACGAACCCCAUUAUAAAGCCAUAUUACCGAGAUGGCUUCGGCAGUAAGUCAAUAGGGGAGCCACAUUGGAGGCCACAUCCCAGAAACGCUCUCUCCGUGCCUGGUAGACUUGAUAACACCGCAAAAGGAGGUGAUGGUCUUGACUGGACUUCAAGCAUUCGUUGUGCACCUCUAGAAGAAACAACACAAACAACUCACAGGCCACAUGAAAAAGCAACACCAUACCACAGCUUGAAAAACAAUAACAAGGCUAAAGCCAGGGAUCUGCAGGAGGCAGCCCAAGCAUAUCACACAGACAGUAUCGAGGAAGAGAAACCACGCUGUGGCAAGCCUACUGUUGUAUAUGACACAUAUGAUGAUUUUGAAAGAAUUUAUUUGCAAAGACCACUGGAGAUAUCUCUAAGAAUGUCUAUUGGGGCAAAGAAAGCAGUAUUUGAACAAAGAAAUGGUAUUCCUGGAGCCUCACCAGGAGAUAAGAGCUACCAGGUCCCAGAAUACUCACCUGACUUCCAUAUGCAGGGUAGUACAAGGCCCAUUGUUAGGUUUGGUGGAUUGCUAAAAUAUGUACCAGACACCUUUGUUCCUCUUCAAGAUUUGCCAUCUAGACCAAGAACCACUUUUGAAGAAAGACAGAAGAGAAAGGCAAAAAGAGAGGAAAUUGAGGAGGUUAAGAAUUUAGAUAAUUGGCAACCAGCUGAUUUGCUAACACCUGUGCUGCAGCUUCCUGAAUCACAUGGAUGACAUACAUGUACUGAAACCAAGAGUUAGCCUCACAAUCUAUUUCUACUAACAUUACUGUAGCUGCUAAUAAUGUAAGGUCAGACUGUUCCCUUCAAAACAUUAUUUAUUGCCUUUACCACAACAUAGAAUUAAUGUAAAUUAGUACACAGCAAAGCAUAAAUUGGUAGCAGUUCAUUUCCACCAAAAAGUUAAUUCAGAGUGGUUAAGAAUGAUAAAGGCAACCACAUGUUCCCAUGAAGUAGUACUGUAAUGAUUCAUCCUGUUGUAAGGAUUAACCGUUUUUGGACAAGUGCUGUUCUGUAAAAUAACAUAAUGGUAAUGGUACAAAAAGGAGACAGAUCAAGAAAUCAUUUUUUUUUUUGGCUGUCACCAUAGAAAACAAUACCACAGCUAAACCAAGAAUAAUAUACAAAGCAUUUCUGGGCAAAAUUAUAAGUAUGUAGUGUUUGCAAUGACAUGCCUUUCUAAAGAAAUCUUGUCCUGACUCAUCUGAUAACUUGCAUCAAAGCCACUAGCUAACUGGUAGUGAGAGUUUAGAAGAGAUUAAAUGAGCCAUAGUGACCAGUCAGACAAAUACACGCAGGUCACUUCUUUAUGAAGGGCAUAUAACAGAGCUUUGACAUUAAAAAAAAAGAGGGGUUUGGAGGUUCUAAAGUUUCUGAGUUAGUGAUCUGUCACCAUUGGAAAGUGGGACCAUGGCAAUUUCUGCUAAUAACUGAACCUGACUCAAAGAAAGACAGUUUUCUCCAACUUGCCACAAAAUGAAGCUCAAGAUUCAUUUAUAUUAUAUUUAAAUAUUUUUGAUUUGCAUUAAGAGUUUUGCACAAUGGUACAAAAGACUUUCACUAUGAAUUUGUAAAGAUAUAAAUUCAAAAAUAUUUCCAAAAAAUGGAAAACAAAUGGUGGCUUGAUGACUAAUUGCCUUCUAUUUUUGAUAAAAAAGACCUGAGUUUCAAAUAUUUUCCAGUUGUAUAGUUCAUAUUUGAACUUGUACAUAUACAUGUAUUUUUAUGCACACAGCAUCUCUUUAAAAAAAUGUUAUUUUUUAAUACUAGACC